AUGGACUCCAAACGCCGAAAGAUAGAGGAUAACCCAGACAUCGACGCGCACCGACUUGCGUCGCGACAAAAGUACCUCGCCCAACGAGAAGCGCAGCAGCUCGCUCUCCUCCGCAGACAAGUCGUAGAAGAAGCAGAGGAAGAGGAGAGGUUGGGUUCCAGACUAUCAGAAAGGGAACGGAGGGAAUUUGCAAAGAACCGCGAGACACUACGGCUGGCCGAAGAGCGCCAAAAUAUCGAUGAGCAUCUUGAUGGAUUUAUUAUCCCCGAUGCCGAUUACUCCAACAAGCACGAAGCGCUCACCAAACGCCACAAGGAACCGGGUUACGAGAAGAGCGAGGUGCAGCUAUGGGAAGAGGAGCAGACCAAGCGUGUCGCGGCACAGAUAAAAAAGCCAGAGAGGGUACAAGAGGAGGACUACGAAUACGUCUUCGACGAAUCGACAAAUGUGUUCGAUAUGAGCAAGAUUACGCCGAUCGAUCUGGAUAAGCAAAGGCUACAGUCAACGUUGGACGAAGCAGAAUCAAAAGCAAAGUCCAUUGCAGAUGUCCGCCGGUCAUUACCCAUAUUUGCGUAUAAAGAGGAGUUUAUAUCAGCCGUGGAGAACCAUCAAAUUCUUGUUCUCGUCGGAGAAACUGGUUCGGGAAAGACAACACAGUUGACACAAUAUUUGGCGGAAGCUGGAUAUGCUGAUAAAGGUCGCAUUGGAUGUACGCAACCACGUCGAGUCGCCGCCAUGUCGGUAGCGAAGCGUGUGGCAACAGAGUAUGGGUGUAGAGUGGGGAGGGAAGUGGGUUACUCUGUCCGUUUUGAGAGCUCAACUUCCGAACACACCAAAAUUGAGUACAUGACAGAUGGUCUUCUGCUCCGACAGUGCCUGAGUUCGGUCUUGCUCGAGGACUACUCUGCCAUCAUCAUAGACGAAGCUCACGAGCGGACGCUUAGUACCGAAAUCCUGAUGGCCCUACUCAAGGACAUUUGUGCUGUAAGGCCGGAGUUUAGGCUCAUUAUAGCUUCCGCUACAUUGGUCGCUUCGGAGUUUUCGAAUUACUUCGGUACAGUACCUGUACUCAAUGUCCCUGGGCGUCUUUUCCCGAUUACCAAGGCACAUACAAGUGCUCCUGAAGCAAAUUACGUCGCGGCGGCAGUCAGCACUACGUUCCAACUUCAUCUGAGUCAAGAACUCCCUGGCGAUAUCUUAAUAUUUCUUACCGGAGAAGAUGAAAUUCUCCUGGCGCAAGAGCAGAUUGAAUCGACGGCCCGUAAACUCGGAAACAGAGCGCCCCCGCUCAUCGUGGCACCCGUCUAUGGCGCGCUCCCCUCUGAAGCACAGCAAUUGAUCUUCGACCCAUGUCCACCAGGUAGCCGCAAAGUCGUCAUUGCCACCAACAUUGCCGAGACUAGUUUGACUAUCGACGGUAUUCGUUUCACAAUCGACUGUGGCUUGCAGAAGGUUUCGCAAUACAACCCGAGGAAUUUUAUGAAUGCCUUGGUUGUAGAGCCUUGCAGUAGAGCCAGCGCCGACCAAAGAGCCGGUCGUGCAGGACGAACAGGCCCAGGUAUGGCAUUCCGCCUCUACACCAAACACGCCUUCUACAACGAGCUCCCCGAAAGCACCGACCCGGAGAUCCUCCGCACCAGUCUAGACGGCACGAUACUCAUGCUCAAAGCCAUGGGCAUCAACGACGUGCUAAAAUUCGACUUCAUGGCCAAACCCCCCGUCGAAUCCAUCAUCGCAGCGCUCGAAAACCUCUACGCCCUAGGCUACAUCCAACAAGACGGCAUCGUGACCAAAAUGGGCCGACGCGCCUGCGAACUACCCCUCGACCCACGCCUCGGCAAAGUCCUACUCGCCGCUGACGCCCUCGGUUGCGUCGACGAAGCCGUCACUCUCGUCGCCAUGAUCCAAGAAGCUGGCUCCCUCUUCUUCGCCCCCAAGGACAAAAAAGCCGCCGCCGACAUUGCCCGCCAGCGCUUCUCCAGCGCAGAGGGCGGCGACCUCAUCGCCCUGCUGAAAGUCUGGCAGGAAUUUGUGGAAAAUGAAUACAGCAUGCUUUGGUGCCGUGAAAACUUUAUCCAAUACCGCAGUCUAAACCGCAUUCGCGACGUCCGCGACCAACUCCUCAAACUGACCGAGCGCGUCGAAAUUGCGCCGUCGUCUUGUGGUGUACAUGACCAUGUUAAGGUUCUCAAAAGCUUUGUCUCGGGCUUCUUUGCCAACACCGCCGUGUUGAACAAAGACGGUAUGAGCUAUCGUAGCUUGAAAGGUGGGCUGACUGUACAUAUUCAUCCGUCGUCUUGUUUGGCCAAGACGAGACCAAAGCUCAUUUGCUAUGCUGAGCUCGUUAUGACGUCAAAGGAGUGGGCGCGCAAUGUUAGUAGUGUCGAGCCGGAUUGGUUGGUCGAGGUUGCGCCGCAUUGGCAUAAGAAGAAGGACAUUGAUGAUUUGGGCGUUGGGAAGAAGAUGGGGAGGGGGCAGGGAAAGGUGGGUACGGAUCGUUGA